AUGCCAUUAAUCAUACCAGAGGAUGUGGAGGGCGUUCGCUUGUGCAGGGAGCGGGCCGUCCGAAGGGACUUGGGGAAGGACGGCCUUCGACCCGAUGCCUCAUCCAGCGCCACACUUCGCCAACUAAUUGGCUCUGUUCUCCCAACGUCGCCUACAUCGAGGAGCAAAUAUGGGGACCCCAUCAGGGCCUCAUUAACCAGAUGUAGAGACAUCACCCACAGCCAAUGUAUCAAAAUUAAACAGUUCUGCCUUGCUAUUCGGCACUAUGGGCAUGAAAGCCGUUUCUCAGUAGAUGCCCACGACGUGUCCAUCCCCUAUCGGUGGGCUAUCAUCACAACUAAUGAUCGUAGCGUCGCUCUUCACACUACCAUCUUUCCAGGCUUCACAUACUCGUCUCUGAGCUUCCUUGCACGAACAUCCAUCCAAUGGAAAACACCAGGCCUAGAAGAUACAGCUAUGCUGGCCACACAGGUGAGAUCACCGCACUCAGCCUAA